AAGCUAACGAAGGUUGAUUCUCCAAACAUGGAUGUGAUUAAGACGCAACAGAUAUCAGCAAGGACGAUCGAGAAAGUGGUUGUUCAUCCACUCGUCUUGCUUAGUAUCGUCGACCAUUACAAUCGCGUCGCUAAGGAUUCACGCAAGCGAGUCGUCGGUGUUCUGCUCGGGAGCAGCUCCCGUGGUAUCGUUGAUGUCACCAACAGCUACGCAGUGCCCUUUGAGGAGGAUGACAAAGACCCAAGCAUCUGGUUUCUUGAUCACAACUACCAUGAGUCAAUGUUCCACAUGUUCAAGAGAAUUAAUGCCAAGGAGCAUGUUGUAGGUUGGUACAGCACAGGACCUAAACUUCGAGAGAAUGAUUUGGACGUUCACGCGUUGUUCAAUGGCUAUGUUCCAAAUCCAGUGCUGGUCAUUAUUGAUGUCCAACCUAAAGAACUUGGAAUCCCUACAAAAGCAUACUAUGCAGUGGAGGAGGUCAAGGAGAAUGCUACUCAGAAAAGCCAGAAAGUUUUCGUUCAUGUAUCUACAGAAAUAGCUGCUCAUGAAGUCGAGGAAAUUGGCGUGGAACAUUUGCUCAGGGAUGUGAAAGACACAACAAUCAGUACCCUGGCGACUGAGGUCACUGCAAAACUUACUGCUUUGAAGGGGUUGGAUGCACGUCUUCGGGAGAUCCGGAGUUACCUUGACCUUGUAAUCGAAGGAAAGCUCCCUCUAAACCAUGAGAUUUUAUACCAUCUACAGGACGUUUUCAACUUGCUUCCUAACCUGAAUGUGAACGAGUUGGUUAAGGCCUUCUCAGUGAAAACAAAUGACAUGAUGCUGGUUAUCUAUCUAUCAUCCCUUAUUCGGAGUGUAAUUGCACUCCACAACUUGAUCAACAACAAGUUGCUGAACAAGGAACAUGAAAAAGCAGAGGACUCAAAGCCUGUGGCCAUACCUGCCACCAGCUAGAUCAGGUUUUCUCAUGACUUACUAAGUCAUCAUUGCCCCGCGAUGAAGGCAGCUGUUGUGUGUUCUCUUCCCCAAAAGAAAAGUCAAGUCAGGUG